GUCAACAUGGAGACCCUGAUGGCGACCUUUUCAUUGAUUUUGUUGUCCUAGGAUCUUCAUGUUGACGCGCUGACAAAAUGUACAGCGUGAGUGUAACCGUAAGAGGAUCAUUGUUUCGUCAUUGCUUUUAUGUAAAGAAAAGCACCGCAAGUAGCGUACAAGGGCUUAUUGACCAGCAAAGCCAAGGGAAUACUGUAAAAGGUUCAGAAGGGGUAAAUUUUCUGCGAUCAGAAGAAAAUUCAUUUGCUGCCUCUAAGAGAGGUUCGUUUUUUCAAGAAGCACCAAGACUGAGAAACCAAUUUAAUAGCGAUUUCUUCCUGCAGUCGUACUUGAGGCGGAGUCUUCCCAGUGAGGUAAGGUUGGAGCUAACACACUUGCAUAAUCAUUGUGGGGUCACUUGUGGGGUCAUCCCCGGUGUAAUAUAAUUUAUUCGUUUUCUUUGUUUUCUGGACUAUUGUCAGGGUUAAUUAGGUUCAUUGUUAAGAAAGUUUUGUUUUUACGUCAGCUGUGAGUAGUAAAUUAUAUUACACUGGAGAUGAGCCACUCCUAAAAGGUACCAGAAUCAUGUUUUAUGAACGUCUCCCAAAUUCAUUUCCACCCCUAAAAGGUACCAAUUCAACAACAACAAAUUAUGUAACUGGCACCGCAAAUUUUAAUAGUAAUAGAGAUAACCUUUGAACACUUUUUUCUCAAGGACUUUUUGAAAGUAUUGUUACACUCUUCGUCCCAAUAAAGCAUAUCAACUCUGGCAGCAGUCAUUUUAGGUUUUAGAACCCUAAGUGGUACCAAUCCACAAAUUUAAACCCCUAAUAGGUACGACAAGCAGCCCUGUUGCUUUUAUAGGGGAGUCCCCGUGCAUUGUGUAUGUAAAAUUUUAAAUGUAUAAGCUUACAUAAAUCUCUUAUCACUUAUUGACUUUUACUCUAUCACAACUAUGUUUUAUAGGUUUAAGCGCCAGAUUGGUUCAUCUUUGUUGCAGAGGUACUAACCUCUGAAGAACUUAAUUAACCAAUUAAACCUGGCCCUUUAUGAUCGAAAACUCACCCCACCGUACGCCACCCCUCAAUUACAAUACAAACACAAAUGUACUAUCCAUUUGCCGGGCAUUGUGGCGCAUUUUGUGGGCCAAAAUGGAGAAUUUAGCAAGCAAAAAUAUAUUUUAGUUCAAAAUUCAAAUCAUGGCUGUGAACAUACAAAACAACAAAGAAGUUGUAAAUUCUCAAUCUUCUCAGUAGAGGAAGAAGAUUGUCCAUUAAGUUGCAUGAUGCUGGCUGGAGAUUUCUGCUUGAGUGCUGUGGAGUGGUAGGCCAUAUUAAAUUUGUUUCGUUUGGACCUACCUGAACUUGUCCAAUACAGCGCACGUAAAAUAGCACUGGAGAGAUGCACUUGUAAGUAAGGCUUUAUGGUCAUGCUAUGUAAGUAGUCCGUCAAGCUGAUCUUCUGAUCAUGGGGCCGUGUUUCCCCCCUUUGCACCACAUGUUUUGUUGUCAUGUUUUUAUUAGACUUCAAUAAUAUUUAAAUCCUACCUAAAGGAACUGCGACAUUAAUGACCCUAAAUGGAACCUGAUUCACUCAGUUUUCUAACCCUAAUUAAAUAGACCUAUUGGGCUAACUCAAUGUUGUACCCAAUUCAAACCCUUUGGGAAUAAAACGUUUUGUUUCAGGAAUUUCCAUAUCAUUUAAAUGUGAAAACCACAUUAUAAUGCAAAUACAAUACACAAAGAAUCUUAUCCCCGGGAGAUUUGAAUUGGGUACAACAUUGAGUUAGCCGAAUAGGUCUAUCACUUAGCUUCAACAGUGUAGUGUGUAGUCCAUCCUAGAGUAGUCCAUAUGGGUUGUCCACAGGCGUGGUCAAUGGACUGGGGGUCAGUGUUUUGUCCACCACCAUUGUGCUUUUGCAGGGCACCAAAUUAUGGGCUUAUUUUCUGAUCUGAUUUGUCAUUUCCUUGUUGGAGGUGGUAGAACAUUUUUUUACCAAAGGUUCCACAGCUGAUGACAUUCAGCAGGGAAAUAAAAAAGUAAUUACCGUAUUUAUUUGAAAAAGCACCCGACCUCGAAUAAGCGCCCACCCCGCCCCCUUCCUCCUCCCAAUGAGACACUUCCCCGAAGACAGAGUUUUCUUCGGGGACAGAGUAUUUAUACAGAAACCUUACUUUGUUACAUCUUUGCAUUUUGUUAUGACCAUUUUUAGCAUAAUAAACAUACUACACUUGCUGAAAAUGUUGGCCUCAAAUAAGCGCCCACCCUCAAGAUCGAAAAAUUUAGCAAGUGCCUAGGGGAGUUAAUCAGAUAAAUACAUUAAAGAACUUAUUAAUUCCCCACUUCUCAUUAAUAAACUAAUAUGUGUCCACAUUAUUAAUUUUAUUUUAAGCAGGCAUUUCAGCCAAUACAUCACCCAGAAGUAGUGUUUCAUACAGGCAACAAUUUACUUAAAAGUUUCCUGUCUGGGAUUCAGUUGAAUUUAUUUCCUCCAAACAACUGUGAAUGCAAGAGAAAAUUCCAGAGAACAAUUCUGAUUUUCUCAUAAGAUUUUGGUAAAUGUGAGAGAUUAGAACUUUUCAUCAUCAAAUAAAUCCUGUUAGUAUUAAUGCACUGAAGGGUUUUACAGACUCUUGCUCUUUUUUCAGGUGUUACAAGAAAUUAGUCCUGACUUAGAAAACUUUGGACACAGAGUUGCUACUGAUAUACACUCCAUGGGAAAAGAGUGUGAGCUUCAACCACCAAGACUUGAAUAUUUUGAUGCAUGGGGCCAAAGAGUGGACAAUAUCCAGACAUGUCAAGGAUGGAAGCAAUUACAUGAUGUUGCAGCUGAAGAAGGACUGAUAUCUAUUGCUUUUGAAAGGAAAUAUGCCCAAUGGAGGUAUUAUCCUUUUUUUUUGUUUAUACACUGUAUGUUCCUAGCAUUGCCACAUACAUGUAAGGCAAAAGAAGUCAUUUUUACAACCAGAGAUCAAAUUUUACAACCAAAGUUCACAAGGCUGAGUUCAAAAAAGCUGAAAGGAGCCUAGUACUCUGAAACUGUGAAAUCCAGGGUGGCGAAUAUAAUACAUGUACAUUUCUGGAGUCCAUCAUUCUUAUUCCGAGUUUUGGUCAUAUAAGUUAAGAUUUUUCUAAUGUUCAUUAUAAAUCCCAACUUAUUGUUGAUUUUUUUCAAAUGUUAUUUGUUGUCAAGUCGUUUAUAUCAAGCUGCAAAACUGUUUAUGUUUUGCCCAUCAUCUGGUUUGUACUCCUGUCCACUAGCGAUGACUGAUGGUGCAGCCAAAACAGUUGAGGUAUGGAAAUUAUUUCUUUUCUUUGCUUAAAAGAAACGUGUACAUCAGUUACAAUGGGUGUCAACUGCUUUUGUUUGGGAUAAUUUCUUCGUCAUCAUGUUGCAUUUAUUGUAUCCUAGGUAACUUUACUAAUUGCUUGGGACUGAGUAGUGUGGUUACCGUUACAUAGCUAGCUGCCCAUUUUCCCAUGCACAUCACCCAAUCAUUCCAAAAGAAAUGUCUUUUAAGCUUUUCUAUACUAUGGUAAUGAAUUUAGCCCCUUUUUCCCCUAAAACCAAAACAUUUUCAAUUCAAAAGUUCAAAUUAUUACUGCUUUUUGUAGCAUUUUGUGCUUUUUCUUUUGACCUCUAAAGUUUUCUUCUGUCAUGACAGUCAUUGAAAUCAUUUAAGGGCUAGGCCAGUCUGUGUCUUAUUGUGAAGAGGGAGUGGGAUGGGCUGAAAAUGUGGGACUGCAAAAGAUGAAGUCUCCAUUUUUCCAACUGCUACAACCAUAUCUUGGUUAACCUAGGUAGGCAUUGUGGUUACCAUAAUUUUUCCUUCAUUUAAAUCGUGCAUUAUCAUUAUGUUUCCUUUAGGAACGACUCUCAAACAUGUGACUUCAUGAAUAUUACAUUGACAUCUGCAUAAAAAUAACUUAAAUACUUGAAUAGAAGUUUUUCAAAAUGAUAUGAUAUUUCAUUUGCCUGCAGGUUGCUGGUCUAACAAAGCAGGCUAGUAUGUUACAGGACGCGUACAAGCAUUUAAUAAGCAGAGAUCCCAAGACAUUCUGGACUUCAGGUCAAUGGAUGACUGAGCGGAAAGGAGGUUCAGAUGUUGGUAAGUGCUUAUACUGCAUGCACACGUAGCAAAUAACCAUGAAGACAGAGAACAAAAGUGAAAGUGAUGAAGGGGAUUUAUAAAUCACUGGACUCAAUAUUGAUAGAAAAUAGUACAUUUUUCCCUCUAGCACUUUGAACGUUUUGGUACUUAAUAUGUUCUUUGACUGUUUUACAGGAGCAGGUCAAAAGUUUGUACUCAAAAUCGAUUUUUCAACAUUUAUUAAUAUGGAAGUGUACUUCCAGGGCCAGUACAAUAUAAACUCAGUUUACUGUGAAGUUUAUUAACUGAGACCUUCAAGUUUGGUACUCCUUUAAGGUAGAAGAUCAGAAGCUAUUCACAUAAGACUUCAUAUCAACAACACCACCUGCAGGGACAGUGAAAUUGAGAUUCCAGAAACAUGAAUGCCAGCAUCCCAGUGGUACCACAGCAGACCACUGAGAAAACGGUUUCUUCCUCGGUCAAUUUAAUACCAGCAAUUUUAGCUAUGGAUUGAAACCCACCAACCAUGAGUGAGGUUUGGGUUACACGAUUAAUCACAAACAACCAUGGUAGUACUAAUAGGUUGGUAAAUCAACACCAUUGCCUGAUGAAAACCUGUAGUACAUUUGAUUUUCAAACAGCACAAAAAUUGGUUAGACACACCCUCAAUUUUCUGGGAAGUGACUGUGGAUUGCACUCUGGUACAAUGUAACUGAAAGUUCACAGGAAAAUGUAGCUGCAGGCUAACUAGCCAAGACAAAUGAAAUACAACCAGCCAGUAAUCAUACUAGUUCUUCAUAUUUUUGUAGCAAAUGGCACAGAGACAAUAGCGGUUCCCCAGGGUGAUGGCAGCACCUACAGACUGUUUGGUUACAAGUGGUUUAGCUCAGCUACUGAUGCUGAUAUAACUCUUACACUGGCUAGAGUACAGAACCCUGAUGGAACAACACAACCUGUAAGUUGUGCAUCUGCCUAUCCAAGGUCCCAACAAUUUUUUUUUUUAUUGACUUCGUCUCGAUUUAACAGUUACAUUCUCCACUUGCACAUCUCCCUAAAUGCACCUAAUAUGCCCCCAAAAUUUUGUACAAGCAUUUUUUUCAGUUUCUUUUGGGACAGCUGUAAUACCCAGGAGAAAUGAAAAACAAAGGUUAAGCAAAAUUUUGGUGGACAAACACGGUGUAUUAUGGGAGAUGUGCUUUCUUUUGGCGUGAGAAGAGGUACAAACAGUUAAAGAUCAACUUGUCGUGGGAUAGAUAUUUUGCUCUUUCACCAUCUUCAUUUUUUCUUGAUUAACUCUUAGGGCCAGUUAUUUAAACAGAGUUUAGCCAGUGUCUAACAAAACCCCUGUUCUAAGCCAUUUUCAGUUUGCCGAACGCUUUAAUGUAAACACCAUUUAUCGUGAACAGUUUAAUGAAAGCAUUUAGCGUAUAACUAGAGAAGCAAAUUGUCUUCUUAAAAUAACCCACUGAUGAAGAGCUCUGGAAGUCCAAAGGUUUCUUAAACCGCGGUUUAAGUUAGACUUUGUUUAAAUCACCGAGCUUUAGGUUUUUCAAACCUUUAUUAAUCGGCCAUAUAGGCAAUUAAUAAAGCAAAAGUAACGUGGUUUCUGUGUUUUUGUUUUUUCAGGGAACCAAGGGCCUCACCAUGUUUUUUAUGCGGACACGAAAUGAAGAUGGGACACUGAAUAACAUCGAAAUUCAGGUAGUGUUUAGGCUCAAUAGAACUUUCCACGGUUUUUUCAACUUUGACAUGGACAAGAAAAUCCGUCAAUUUCGCUGGAAAGAGCGGCUUUAGAUUUGUAAAGUUGCCAAGUUUGAAAGUGAAGAAUAGCUCCCCAAACGAAGAUGUAGCUUCUCAAAGUCAGGGACACAAACUUGCUUCUUCCCCCCCCCCCCCCACCCCACUACACAAACGUCUGUACUUUUUCGCAACUCUGCGAAGCUAUAUAUAUAGAGGUAUCGCUUUCAAACAAAGCAAUUGUACUAAUUUAAAGGCGCUCACGCAUAAACAUUUAAGCCUGUGAUCGAAGAGCUCAUGGCCAUGUUUUUCUCACCAAUAUUGUCCAUUUAUGUUGUAGAGACUGAAAAAUAAACUGGGUACAAGACAGCUGCCCACUGCUGAACUUCUUCUUCACGGAUCGCUUGCUCACAAGGUAAAUACGAAAACAACUCGUUUUUCCGUUAGAAAAGAAAAGAAAAGAAAGGAAUAAUCCUGUCGGGGACUCAGUUUUUUUCUUUGUCCCACGCUCGUGACAUGCUGAUCAUUUCAUUUUCACAGGAAUAAUAACUGUCUGUUAAUAACCCCCAUCCACACAUUUCUCUCACCUUGUCAUAUUCCCGUUCAGUUAUCUCGUUCACGCCUUCCUCAGUAUUCAGAGCACGUUUUAGCUGACAUGUGAAUUUGUGGACAUUUAACUAUUCGUCGCUUUUUUGCCAUGGCUUCAAAACGGCAAUUUUGGUGUAUAUCAAGUUCCAAGGUUAUUAGUAUAGUCCUGUUUUUUUGGAUACAAAGGAAUUUCUCGCCCUGAGCCCAGUUUGACGUAUAUGUAGCCUUAGAAAACAGCCGAUAUUUCACGACGCCACCACUGGUUUCCCAGCGAAAUGACGUCUGAUAAACGAGCGAAGAAAUUCCAUACUGAUGACGUGUCACUACCCAAAUCUGGGUAGUGCUUCUGAUUGGCUGAAGCAAAUUUCCCCCGUGCAGGACCAAUCAGUAGCCCUAAAUAUAUCUGGGUAGCGAUAACCUGCACGUAGCUUGAGAAAACAGCCGACAUUUCACGACGCCACCACUAGUUUCCUCGCGAAAUGACGUCUGAGAAACGAACGCAGAAAUUCCAUUGCCAGAUGUGGGUUGUGAUACGUCAUCAGUAUGAAUUUUUUUUGGCGUUUUUUCCUCAGUUGGUAGCGUCACGAACUUGAUGUCGGCAUUUUCCUCAGGCUAACGUAUUAUUUUUGUGCGGCUCAAUUUUAUCCUUGGAUUGUGUUUUAUUUUCCAAAACAAUGCAAAAUGAAAGUUUAAAACAAGGAUAAAAUUAAACCUCAGCACCUAUAUUAGCCAUAUCAUCUGUUAAAAAAACUUGCGUUCAAAAUUGUUACAUCUAAUUGCUUGUUUUGCUGAAUAUUUUUUAGAUGUCUGAAGAAGGCCGUGGAGUGCCCUGCAUCUCCGACAUGUUAACAGUAACGCGCUUUCACAACAGUAUAUCUGCAGCUGGAAUUAUGAGAAGGUAAAAAGAAAAACACUCUCCUUUGUCUCCGGGCGUUGUUGUUGUUAGGUAUCUGUUGAAUCAUUUGCUGUGUCCUUUACCCUCAUUACGUUCAGCCGAAUCUAUUCAUUUCAGGAUAAUGACUCUGGCUCAGGAUUACUGCGUGAGAAGAUCAGUAUUUGGUAAAUUACUGGUCAACCAUCCUCUUCAUAUGCAGACACUGGCUAGAAUGGAGGUAACAUGUUUCACUUGCUGCCUUGUACACAAGUUUAAUAGCGGAACUCUUAUCUGUGCCGCGCGAGAAAGCGUAUAAGCAGGUCCCGGCCAUAUCACCAGACUACUAGCAGUCCCUUAGUUCCUUCAGGGAUAGUACAGCUAGCGCAAUUCGCGAACGCGUGUGAAAAUCGCUUCUCACGAGUGUGUGGCAAUUUUUCACCCUUGCGCGCCCAUUUUCCUUACUGCAGUAAGCCGGUUUCGAAUUUUCAAGAUCAUUCUUGGCUUCGAGGAUGAAGGGAAUAAAACAAUGAUUCCUGAAUCGCAAUACGAUGCAAUUUUCUUUUGCUGUAAUCCCCUCAGCCUCUUAGCCAAGUAUGAAUUUCAAUAAUUUAAAUAAUUCGAGACUGUCUUAUUACACAACUUGUCCAAAAUAGUGACACGUGGGCGUAGGCUUAGUCCUCCUGUUGAGGGUUGAAAGGUAAACGCCCUACUGCCAGGCUUAAUUUUACUGACAGUUUAAUUUUGUUUUUGAUCAGGUGGAGACCCGUGCAGCCUUUCUACUCACUAUGGAGGUCGCCCUUCUGCUUGGUAAACAGGAGUGUAAUGUGUCCUCAGAUGAAGAGGUGCAUCUUUUGAGACUCUUAACACCAAUCGCAAAACUGUACACCGCAAAACAGGUGAGUCAGGUUCAAACAUCACACUAGAAACAUGUCUCACGACUCUUCCACACGCAUCCGGGUAUUUUUGGAAACGGAAACAUGUUUCCCAAUCACGGAAAACUACGCGUCCACUUGUAGCGUAUGCGAAUCGUUUUCGCCCGUCCAUACGAAAACGCUAAAACAGUAGAAAUAUGAUCAGGGCAUGUGCUGUAUGAUGUAUGACAUCAUCGUAUCAAAAAAACCUUUGUUUGCGUCCCCGGUCCGUCCACACGAAAACGAGAAGCCGGCGUUUCCGUAAAAAACUCCUUUCUAGGGACUGUUUGCGAAAACCUGCGUUUACGUGUGGACGGAAGGCUGAUAUAAAACGCAGAAAAAAUAAAAAAAGAUCCCGAUACGUGUGGACGGGGUCUCGGGUGGAGUCAUAUCGUAGAUCGUUUGCCAGCGGAAAAAUGUCCAACGAUCACGGAAGGUACCUAAAUCUCUUGCUGAAACCUCAGUUAUCAUUGGCGAUUACAUGGAAACUUUCUAUAAUGUAGUUCCCAACAUAAGCUCCUUGCGGUUAGGAGUCGUAUAUGGCGAAGUACUGCUGCAGCAUUUUUUAUACAGCUGAGUUAAUUUUGUGAGAAGCUAUUCGGUUUAAUACACUUUAAGUUUAUAAUUAAACGAUUUAAGUUUAAAUUUUACAUGACAUAUUUGAGUAUAAUAUGUUCUUAUACCCAAAUGGUGUUAACAUCCUAGAUUUUCUUCACCGCACAGCGUGCAAAGAAAGUACUGUCCGAUAGCCCGGGGCUAGUGGAUUUUGCUAUCGGGCUAGUGAAUUCUGUUUUUAACUUGCCCGACGGGCAAGUGAUGUUUUAUGAGGAAUUUGAAUAACAGAAGAACAAAAAGUUUUUAGGGCUAGUUGAAAUGACGUCUGGGCUAGUAAAUGCUAGCUUCAGCUUGCCCAAAUGGCAAGCUGUAAAAAUGAUUUUCUUUGCACCCUGUCGUAUAUCCGCAUCAGUUAGUUCAUACAGUAUUCACAAUAAUCAAUUAACCCCGUUCGCUUGAAAUUAUACUCAAGGGUUCUGCUUUAUUCAGGUAUAUUUUCAGCAUUUUAAGAGUCUUUUAUAACCUGCGUGUUAGGCGUUAAAACGGGAAGGGAAAGGGGGAAUUUGGGAACGCACUCUAAAGCGCGCGAGACACUCGAAGAGGAGGAAAUAGGGAACGCCUGCAAGGAAGCUAUUGUUUUCUCCGUUUUUCACGCAAUCCGCAGUGGUGGAUCCAGUCCUUCAGAUGAGGGAGGGCCCGGUCAUCCAGACCCUGAGAUAAGAGGGAGGGGGGGGGUUCAAAAAAAGUUUUUUCGGACCUUUGUUUGGUCUAGAAAUAAGGGGGGGCGGCCCCCGGUCCCCUCGCAUGGAUCCGCCGCUGAUCUGAUCGUGAAAAUAGUGUUAAUUAAUUGGACUCUCGCGCGCCUAAAUUUCCCUUUUUUUAACGCCUUCCACGCAGGCUAAACUCUUUUAGGGAAUUGUUUAUUAAGCAAGGAUCCUAUCAUUUGUCAUUUUCCAGUCCGUGCAGGUGACCUCAGAAGGCUUGGAGAGUUUUGGUGGCCAAGGGUACAUAGAGGACACAGGUUUACCAGGUUUAAUGAGAGAUGCACAGGUAACGCAAGUUAUAGCAGACAGUGUCUAUAUACCGUUCUGCGGGCUUAACUCUGUUAUUUUGCAAUUCUUUCAGUGUUACUAUAUUUGACUUACUGUAUUUUUAAGGUAUUGCCUAUCUGGGAAGGAACAACCAAUGUUCUGUCAUUAGAUGUACUGAGAUCCGUGUUCAAAAGUGAAGGACAGGUAAAGUGCUGUUACCACUUACAUUAGAGACCUAAAGAUUCAAAAACCAGAACGACUACAAUUACGAGGUUUGAUAUAAAGUUUUAUCGCGUAUUGUCAAGAAUAGGCCCCAAAGAAUGUUUCAUAAUGCAUUUUUUUUUUAACCAGAAAAUUUAUCAAUGUUAUCUUUAUUGAAGGAGGUUAAGCCCUCUCCCGAUGAAAACAUGAUAAAACUUCAAACUUUUGAUAACUUGUUUCCCCGAGUCGGUCAUUACGACAUUCUCGCUAAAACGCGUAGUAGAAUGACGACGGUUACCUCGUUUUCCCGCCAAAAUGACGCUGUUUCACCCGUGAGCACAACUUAGCACUGAGAAAAUCUCGUACUCGUAGUCUUGCUUGUCUUAAAAUCUAAAGGUCUCCCUUAAUUUCAUCUCAACAACGAGCUUUUCUUGUGCCUUCCUAAUGACAGGAAACGUUAAAACGCUAGUGGGCAGAGUAGGACAAACACCCAGGGUGUUGAAAGGGCAAAAGUACUGCCUUAGCUUUGCAAGAAACCAUCUACUUAUCCAGUCACGCGUUUUUUUUUGUUGUUGUUUGUUUGUUUGUUUGUUUUUUUGCACUUUCCAUCGGAUACCGGACUCUCUCGCCCAAUGCCCGUUAGCACAAAGCUGCCAUUCUAAGCGGUCAUGUGCUCUUUCAACACCUUGGGUGUUUGUCCUAUUCAGCCCACUAGCGUUUUGACGUGUCCUGUCAUUGUACUCGGUUUUCUCGACUGUUUACGUGUCUCACGAGUCAGCACAAACUGUAUACGGGACUGUUUGCCCAUUCCAAGAUGUAGUGAUUAAACAUUAGAUUACCUUGACGUCUUGACUUCACAGGUCUUGAAGGCAUUCCACGCUUGUGUUUCUGAAAAGCUGUCAAAGGCGUCCUCAUCCUGCCCUGCUCUGAACAGUUUAUGUGAACAAGUUCAGUCUUCAAUGAACAGUCUGUUGUCUCCCAAAAACCACGAGCUACUCUCUGACUCGCUACCAGCGCGUGAUCUGGCUUUCAGCUUGGGAAGGAUCUACAUAGGUAUGCUGUCUUACUACCCCAGUUUGUUGUUGUUGUUGUUGUUGUUUUUGCAUCACUUAUACGAUUAAUCUGUUUACACUACGAGUAAACGGAGCUAACUAUGAUUCUCCUUUCUCUCGGGUAUCGAUUUUCACCCGCACUUUGUUCCCUGAGUGUAUACUCCGUAACAAUUUCACUGAAAGCUUUACGAUUUCUUAUAUACACUCUAUGAGAGUGUUUGUUCACAAUCCCCAAUUUUUCCCUGUGAAGAUAGAUUAUCGAGGUGGUCAAUCGCUGUAUUCAAGAGGCCACUGUAGACGAUGAAACUAAUAUCAAAACCAACCCAAUAUUAAGCGUACACUCUUUGUUAAGUAGACGAGUGGGUUAGUUUGUUUCAAACAUUUUCCCCAUAAUUUCUGGCACAACGAAACUGUGUUUAGGGGACCGCUCUGUAAGGGGACAGCAGCGAAGUUUCCGCAAGUUUCUAGCAUCCCACCACGGUUGAUUACUUAAAAAGUUUCAAACAGGGAGGCUCCGCCGCGAGGUCCAACCUCUUACCCUCUUCUAAUACCAUUUUUUGUCAGAAAAAUGUACCCCUUUCGUUUUCGUUCCAUUGAUAAAUGGUACCCCUUUCACAGACCUAGUUUAGAACUUUGCACCCCCUUUAACUGCUAAGAUGCAUUGUCUUUAAAGAAUGAUUAAAUCUCAAAGCCAGAACGUUUUCUCGACUCCUUCACAGUCAUAAACUGCAUCUAUUAGCCCUAUUGGGCCUUUUUACCCACCGAAACGAUACAUUUCCCAACCCUUUCAAAUACUUCAACAAGUGAAUUUAGUUUUCUCCUAAAAUUUGAUUGCUAUUUCUUCCAGCGUCGUUAUUUGUCGAGCAUGCUUCAUGGAAAGAGGCCACUGAAAGAGAUAUUGAAGCCGCCAAAAGGUAGGAUAAUAAUAAAACUGUAAGUCAACGGUAAAUUUGUUCAGACUGCAUGGUUCAAAGCAGAAUUAAAAGAAACAUUUUUAUAAACCUUUAGGUGGUGUCAUCAAGACUUGACCCCAGUCCUUACGCAACUCAGAAACAACGCGUACGGCGCUAAGAGUUCUGCUUGUGACCUGGCACUGGUUAUGGAAGGACAUCCGGAGUUAGUCAUUUAAGAAAUGUGACGAUCUUUUAUUAAAACACAAGCUUAUGACAGCAACUCCCAUUUCUCUCACGUCCAUGAACAUACUGAAAAAAUCUUCGGCCCAUCUCGGGUGUAAGUAGGAGACAACAAGUGAAGAUGAUCAUCUACUGUACUUACCGAUUUACUCAGCUACUUGCUUAGCUACCAAGAGCCGAGUAGCUGCCUAUUUAUGUAACUUUAUUGACUUGGUUAUUGCCUGAUUUAUAUCUACGUACGUGCCAAGCUGCCUACAUUCUGUACUCCUCGUCCGUCUCCGUUAUAUUCGACUUCACCUUUGAAAUGUGAGCAACACAGUUGCAAACUCCUUUUGUCUACAUGUAGGAUUAGCCAACUAAACACGUAAUUUGGCCAUAACAAUAAAGAACUGAAUUUACAAUGGACUUUAUAAGUAAUAUAUGUUAUCUGCACAGUAAAAUCAAAUGAAGUGGGUAUUUUUUUAAUAGUGAAGCCCAUAUAUUUAUCUCGACCGGUU